AAUGAUAUUACUGAGGAUGGUGGUGCUUGUUCUAGCGGGCUAUCCCAUCUACCAGGAUGAGCAGGAGAGAUUCGUCUGCAAUACUUUACAGCCGGGGUGUUCCAAUGUUUGCUAUGACAUUUUCUCUCCAGUGUCCCACUUGAGGUUCUGGCUGAUCCAGAAUGUUUCUGUGCUCCUUCCGUAUGUGGUGUUCAGUGUCUACGUCUUGCACAGAGGGGUCACGCACAUUAGAACGGGGCCUUCUCCACCAGACAGCUGUAAAGGAGGUGACGCUGUGAUGGACCCCAGCGCUCCGACCUCCCCCAGAUCACACUGUCUGACACCCGGCAGUGUAGACAUUCCUGAUUUUUCCUCAGCGUACACCCUACAACUCAUUCUGAGAACUCUGCUUGAAGCGGCGUUCGGCCCCGGACAGUAUUAUCUCUUCGGAUUCCUGGUUCCCAAACAGUUUUCCUGCUAUCGCUUGCCUUGCACGAGCGUGGUGGAUUGUUACAUCUCCCGUCCUACUGAGAAAUCCAUCCUGGUGCUUUUUAUGUGGGGAGUCAGCGGCCUCUCCUUUCUCCUCAGCGUGGUCGACCUGGCCUGGGCCUUGCAGCGAAAGGUGUUGAGGAAAAGCCUUGCGAGACCAGAGACGGCACCGUCCCGUGCCCAGGACACGAUUAAUCAGUCCCAGCUCCUUUCUGGGCCUCACGGGGAGUGGGCUGCUGCUCCAGUGGGGCGGAAUCCCUGUCACCUGGAGGGGUUGUCUAGUCGGGCGAGUGAGAACCCUGGGUGGCUACAGCCCAGGCAGGAAGUCACCAUGCAGUCAACCACAGGGUCGAACAUACCCGGCGAUAAGUCCAGUGCAUUCGGGAGUGUGGAUGAUGGCAGUGAAGUGGUCUCUUGCAUGAGUGAACGGCCUGGCCUCUCCCGCAGACAGUCCAGGGCUCAGCACGUGAAAGAGGCAGCGUUCCCUCUGCAACCUGACGAGAAAUCUCAGCUGGGACAAGGCUCCUCGGCAGCUUCAGGCUGGCUGGAGGGGCACCACUCACUCAGUGGGUGCAAGUCUUCGGAGGGGCAGUUACUGUGUAGCAGCCCCAGCUACCUGAGAUCAAAAAAGUCAGAAUGGGUGUGACGCUCACCCCGAGGAAUGCCCGGUGGAAACCCGGGUGAAAGAAUGCGGUCUCUAUAGAGGCGAUCGCCUGUCUCAAGAAGGGACCUGCAGGAACGGUUCAAGUUCAUUUUUUGCCAAACCCCUCCCCAAAAAACCCUAUCCCUUGACUGAACACCCAGGAUUGAGUAAAAAACAAAAGCAAAAGCUUGCUGUAAAGAGAUCCAGAUGGUUUUGGAAGCCCUGAGAGGCGUUCAGAGUAGAUUUCAUUUCGAUAACUUGGGUGGCUUAGUAAAGAUUUGUUUCGGAAAGCA